AUGGGCAAACUGUACAAAGCUGAAGUUGGUCGACGUUUCUUACGCUUAAUCUUUGUAUGGCGUGAACAGACGUACGGUUCCGGUGCAAGAUUGGAUCCCGUACAUCCUCGAUGCAACAAGAUCAAUGGCAUUGCCAAGCAGGGUCCAGUGCUUGGUUGCGAUUCUGAUGCAAGCGCCGGCGUCAAGUGCUUGGACUUUUCCUCCUGCUCGUCCAGGGUCGACUAGCUGAAUUCCUGGAGCAAAGCACGCCUUUGUAAAGCUUGCCGUUCCUUGCCAGCGACGAAUCAGUAAUUCAUGAGGCGAAGCUUAGUAAGCUUGCACGUGAUGUAUUCAUCCGAGUCAGCUCGGAACCGGAUGUCUGUAUCCUUUGAG